ACUGGCAAGCGUCUCGCAGUGUAGUCUGAUUGUUGCAGUGACAAGCUAUAUACCUGCCGUCAUCAGUGUGAUCACUGAUAUUUGACGAACGUAAUUGCUUAUCACUUUCAGUUGUCCGUACGAAGAGGUUAACAUGUGGCUCCGAUAGAAAAUUGUGAACUACUUUCAGUUAGAAAGAUACUUGACGCAACACACGGUACUGUUCUGUUAUUCUACGAAAUGUUUAGUGUGGAGAUCAGAAGUAAGGUGUUGACACAUCUACAAGACGACUCGUUAUAUUUUUUGAAGAUAUGGCUCUUGUGAGGAAAGGAAAACCUGUCUGAGGCACAGAACUGCUUGCACAGCGCCGUUAUCUCAGCCCGGCUGGCCUGCUGGAUCUUUGGCCCUAUCUCAGUCACGGACGGACCUUCCAUCACACAGCUCAGGUUCCGAGUAGCAAUUGUCACGUAUUUACAUUGUUGUGAGGCGUCCUUGAACGUGAAUAGGCCAUGGAAGAGGGAAGCAGGAAAAAGAACAGCGGAUGGUGAUCGUUUCCAACAGUGAUAACACUGACCGCUACUAAACCUUCUUCCUUAAUCACCGUGUCACACAGAAAGAGACUGGGAGUUAUGCAAGUGUGAGAUGUGCAGCGUCAUGAAACGAACAGAAUUUUCAGAGUGCUGUAUCCAGAAGACGAUAUCAUAAGAACAAAGGAGUGACGAAGUGGCAAUGUAAAGGAAGGAACCAUCUAUGUGGCGAUGAGGACGGGGGUGCUAGUGUGGGGCGCGGUCGUGUUGUUGGCGACGAUUCGCAUAGCGUCGGGGUGCGGGCCGGGUCGGGGGGCGGGCCGGCGACGCGGGCCCCGCAAACUCACCCCGCUCGUAUUCAAGCAACACGUACCCAACUUAUCGGAGAAUACACUGCCCGCCAGCGGUCUGACCGAGGGGCGCAUAACCCGCGAGGACCCACGCUUCAGGGACCUUGUACCUAAUUACAACACGGACAUUAUCUUCAGGGACGAGGAAGGAACCGGCGCUGAUCGCCUCAUGACACAGAGGUGCAAGGAGAAGCUAAACACGCUGGCAAUCUCGGUGAUGAACCAGUGGCCCGGCGUCAAGCUGCGGGUCACAGAGGGAUGGGAUGAAGAAGGCAACCACGCGGCGGACUCCCUACAUUAUGAGGGACGCGCCGUCGACGUCACCACGUCAGACAAAGAUCGCUCCAAGUUCGGCAUGUUGGCACGCCUGGCGGUGGAGGCGGGUUUCGACUGGGUGUACUAUGAGUCCAGAGCUCACAUACACUGCUCCGUCAAGUCGGAAUCAUCGCAGGCUGCGAAGUCCGGUGGCUGCUUCACGGCAGAAACGACCGUGCAGACAUCUAGCGGCACUCGCCUGAGACUGGAGGAGUUGUGGAUUGGGGAUCGCGUCCUGGCGCUGGAUAUGGCGACUGGCCGCUUUACGUACAGCGAGGUAAUACUGUUCCUCGACCGCGAUGCGGAUCAGCAGCGAGAGUUCCUGCACCUGCGCACUGCAUCGGGGCGAAAUCUCACGGUGACGCCCUCGCACUUGCUCAUGGUGGCCACUAACGCCAGUGACAUCUAUCGAGUGCAGGUGGUAUUUGCUGAUCGAGUGAGGCGCGGGGACCAGAUCUUGAUUCACAAUCGACUAGAGCCGGAAAUCGAUACCGUAAUAUCGACAGAGGCGAUAUUGAAACGAGGUGUGUACGCCCCCCUUACGAGAGAGGGGACUAUUGUUGUAGACGGUAUUGUUGCAUCGUGUUAUGCCGUAAUAGACAGCCAGUGGAUUGCGCAGUGGUCUUAUGCGCCCUUCAGACUUUAUGCGAGUUUUACGAAACUUUUUAGCAAAAACAUGACGUCAUCGAGGUCUGUCAGUCAAGCACCAGUCGGUGUGCAUUGGUACGCCAACAUUCUGUACACAAUAGCACAGUACAUCUUGCCCAACACAAUGCUUUACACCACUGUGGUGUAACUACUUUACUUCCUGGCAUCACUUGCGGGAUAAGUUGCACUCAAAUGUCUGUCAAGAGUUAACGUUUCAUCGGAAAAACAAAAAUAUUCGUGCUUAAGUGCUUUCCGGGAAUAUUAAUUCAGUGUGUGACGUACAGAAAGUUCUCCUGUGUCUCAGCACCUUGGCAAGAAUAUACGUAGGGUAGAGAGAAUAUUCACAUUAUAGAUUGUGGCAGUAAAUGCAGACAGCCCAGCUUUCUUGCCCCAACCGCCUAACUGCGGAGAAGUGACAACUUUUACAGAGCUGUGCCCCAGCAGACAGCCGCAUGAACCAUUCAUGCUUCUUGGAAGUUGUGGGAGGCUCUCGAGACUGAAGUCAGUCAAGUGUGUCAAUCAAGCAUGAGGAGGUGUACCGACAUGCUGUAUACAUCAGCACAGUGUAUCCCGCCAAAAACUCUCAAUGAUUGUAACAUAACCACCUGUGAAAUAUAUCAUUCUCAA